AUGCAGGUACCAAAUGUAACUCUGGAUGAUCUCCAAGCCUUCCACUCCAAGCACUUCCCAGGCCAGCCACAGCCCACCCUCCCACAACAAAAUGACCAGCUCGCAGAGGACGAGUUCGCAGACGAAGACCUCGGAUACUACCCCGACGGAGUAAAGCGCACGCUCACCGAUGAGCAAAUCCGCAUAUUCAGACACAGCGAGAUCCAUGCGCUGCUGCGACAGAGGCAGCUGCAGGCAGACGAUGCAGAGUACGAGGCUCGCAUGACAUCCUCGGAGGAUAAGCCACCGGCGGCGAAGAAACCAACCCAAGAUACAAAGCCUGCUCCUCAGGGCGAUGAUACCCACGCGCUGUCACGGGAACAAGGGGGUUUUAAAAAACGCGUCGCUGAGGACAUGGCCUCUGAGCCUCUGGAUUACGGCGAUGAGAGCUCUGACCGACUUCCGGCGAAGAAGCCAGCAGAUUCGCGUGUGAAAUAUCAUGGCCGCAGAAUCAUUUCUUACGAUGACUGA